AGAAGAGUCAAUUCAUCAGCUAUUUAAACUUUAAAUCACAGAGAAGCUCCUUAAAAUAUCUUUGUCUCUUUAAUCUCUCUCUCUUUUCACUGCCACACCCUGCUGUCUCUCAAAAACUCACAGAUACAGGAAGUUAGUUUCAGUGAAAACAAAACUUAGCACUCUCUCUCAUACACACAGUGGGUGAGAGAAGGAAAAUGGCGGAGGCCAGGAUUUCAGUAGAUCAGGAUCAGUUUAACUGUUCAAUUUGUCUGGAUCUCCUGAAGGAUCCAGUGACAACUCCAUGUGGACACAGUUACUGCAAGGUGUGUAUUAAUCACUUCUGGAAUAGACAAGAUCAGAAGAGGGUCUACAGCUGCCCCCAGUGUAGAAAGACUUUCACUCCAAGGCCUGAUCUACACAAGAACACGAUACUUGCUGAAAUGGUGGAGAAACUGAAGAAGUCAGAAGCUGAUUCUGCUCACUGUUCCUCUCGACCUGGAGAUGUGGAGUGUGAUUCCUGCAAAGGAAGAAAACGCAAAGCCGUCAAGUCCUGUCUGGUCUGUCAGGCCUCCUUUUGUGAAGAUCAUCUUGAACCUCACCAUCAGCCUGCCUUUAAGAAGCACAAGUUAGUGGAAGCCUGUGCAAAGCUCCAAGAGAAGAUCUGCUCUCAGCAUGACGAACCGAUCAAGAUCUACUGUCGUACUGACCAAAACUUCAUCUGUUACUUGUGUACGGUGGAUGAACAUAAAGACCACGAUACAGUUUCAGCUAAAGCAGAAAGAACUAAAAAACAGAAUGAGCUAAAGGAGAAGCAGGAGAAAUCCCAGCAGAAGAUUCAGGAGAAGCAGGAGAAGGUCCAGGAGCUAAAACAGACUAUGGACAAUAUUAAGAAACGUUCACAGACAGCAGUAAAUAAGAGUGAGAGGAUUUUUACUGAGUUGAUCAGCUUCAUAGAGAAAAAACGCUCUGAGAUGACAGAGAAGAUUAAAGAUCAGGAGAAAGCUGAACUGAGUCGAGCUGAACGACUCCUAAUGCAACUGGAGCAGGAGAUUGCUGAUCUUAAGAGGAGAGUCACUGAGCUGGAGCAGCUUUCACACACACACGAUCACAUCCACUUCCUCCAGAGUUUCCCGUCUCUCUGUGUUUCUCCUGGAUGUGAGGACUCACCCAGCUUCACUGUCAAUCAACAUCUCUCAUUUGAUGGACUAAGGAAAUCUCUCUCAGAUCUGAAAAAACGAGUCGAGGAAAUCUGCGUGGAGGAAUUCAACAAAAUCCGUCCACAAGCUUUUCAUUAUCAGAGAGUGCCCGAUGGACUAGUGGCCAAGAUUCAGCUCCCUCACCUCUCUCGCCCAGGGUCAAGCUCCAUGCAGGGAACCAACAUAUUCUCUGAGUCUGAGUCUGCCUCUGAACCCGACCCUGACACUGACACUGAACCUGAUCCUGACACUGAACCCGACCCUGACACUGAACCCGAUACUGACACUGACACCGAACACGACCAUGACACUGACACAGAACCCGAUCCUGACACUGAACCCGACCCUGACACUGAACCCGAUACUGACACUGACACCGAACACGACCAUGACACUGACACAGAACCUGAUCCUGACACUGAACCCGACCCUGACACUGAACCUGACACUGAACCUGACCCUGAUUCUGACCCUUUUCCUGAUCUUGACGAUGACACAGAGUUUGAAUCUUGGUUGUCUAUACUGCCUUCAUCCAUGUAA